UUUCGACCCUCUCUAAGCCCACUUCUCCCUCCCUCCUAAUUACUUCCCUCAAUUGAACUCUCUCAAUAGAACCCUCACUUGCACCGUUCCUCCUUCUGCCGACCCUUCACACCCUCGUCCUUCGCUCCUGCUGUCUCUCCCUCUGCCCUCCCUCGCUCUCUCAAUUGGUUCACUCACGCUAUGGAACUCGCUGCGUGAAAGUUACUCCAUCGAUGAAGUUACAAAACUAGUUCUUGGUCGUGACUCGUACCACCACCAUGGAUGAGAACUCAAAGGUCAUCGAUGUUCGGCCUCCUUGGUUGCUCCAUCAAUGGGGACACUCCUUGACUCUAAUCUCCCAAAAUGCAAAUGAGAAGAGAGAAAAAGUGGUAAAAGCAAGCCGUGAUAUCACUAUGAAUAGUAAAAAAGUGAUUUUCCAGGUGCACAUUUGAAUAAAUUUCCUAGAAGAACAUGAUGUUUGAAUGCGGUUAUGGUCUUUUUAGGUGCUUGCUGUGAUCCCUUUUAGUUGUGAAUAAUCUCUCUGCUGAUGAUUGUAGAAAGAUCUUGCAAUGGUUGGUUAGUAAAUCUUUUUUCAACAAGAAUUAGCAAACAUAACAAAGAUGAAGUAUUAGAGAAAGCAGAGAAGGAUCUACAAGCUAUGAGGGACCAACAUGUCUCUCGACUUGUGAAAGAAUUGAACAGGACUGACUUUUGGAAGCUGAGGCGUGCAUACUCACCUGGGGUACAAGAAUAUGUUGAGGCUGCAACAUUCUGCAAAUUCUGCCGAGCUGGAACUCUUCUGAAUCUUGAUGAAAUGAAUACGACUUUCUUACAAUUAAGUGAUUCGUGUAUUGAGCCUCUGCAGAUUAAUAUACUUGACUACCUUUUGGGGCUUGUAGAUUUGACUGGAGAGCUUAUGAGACUGGCUAUUAGCCGCAUAUCAGAUGGUGAACUUCACUUUGCUGACAAGAUAUGCAGGUUUGUACGUGAUGUGCACAGGGAGCUGACCCUUGUUGUUCCAGCUAUGGAUGACAGUCAUGAUAUGAAAACAAAAAUGGAAAUAAUGCUUCAAAGUGUGAUGAAAAUAGAAAAUGCUUGCGUGAGAGGAUCUGAGUAUAUUCCAUUGAUCGGAUCAAAUGAUCCUAGCUUCGCGCUGAUGGGAGUUCCAGAUAUGGAGCCGUGGAGUAUCAUUGGUCUCAUCAAUUCUGUGUUUUCUUACUGAUCUCUAUUUAUGAAAAAUAAUGUGAUGUUUGUCCUUUUCUCUUUGUUCGAAGAGCAAGUCUUGGGAGGGAUAUAUGUUUGGUAUUGAUAUUAUGCAAGGAGUUCAAGAAACAAUGCCCUGGGCAUGGUAUUAUUCCAACUAGUGGUGUUGAUGUAUGCUUGUUGUACAACAGCAACAACAAAUUAUUUUUUUAUAAAAAAAUAUACGUCAAGUGCUCCGGUUGUUAGGAAAAAACCGGAGCACUUAAUUCACAAGUGCUCCGGUUUUCUCCUAACAACCGGAGCACUUGAUGUAUUUUGAAUAUAUAAAAUUCACAAGUGCUCCGGUUUUUAAGACAACCGGAACACUUGUAAAUUUAAGUGA